GUGAACAACUCUCCCCCGAGGGCCCAGCUAGCUCAACUGAAGACUGGCGAAGUGAUGACAGCGCCACCUUUUGGAAAAGUGCGGAGGUGCACCGCAGAUCCAAGAGGGACACGAUGGCCAACACUGUUCUCUUCCAUGGCAAAUUCGGAGGUCUCGGAUGUCCGUCCGGAGCCCCCGGGAGGGAUGGAAGAGACGGUCUGCAGGGUCCUCCUGGUCCGUCCGGACCGGCUAGUCCGUCCUGUCCGGCUGGUCCACCCGGAGACCCAGGGAGGAACGGGACGGACGGACAACAGGGCCCGGUCGGUCCGCAGGGUCCCCCUGGUCCACCCGGACCUCCUGUCCUAUUGGCGUCAGACUGCACAGAUCUCUAUGCGGCAGGACAGACUACAACCGGAGUCUACUACAUCAUACUUGAUUCCUCUAUCGUACAAACCUACUGUGACAUGGAUACCGCAGGGGGUGGUUGGACCGUGAUCCAACGGCGGCAGGACGGGUCGGUUCCCUUCAGCCGGACCUGGGAGGAGUACAAGCACGGGUUUGGGAACAAGAACGGGGAAUACUGGCUUGGGAACGAGAACAUCCACCUCCUGACAAGUCAAAAGAACUACACCCUCAGGGUGGAUCUCGAGGAUUGGGAAGAAGAAACCCGGUACGCAACGUAUGACAUCUUCAGGGUGUCCGGUGAGUCGGACCAGUACCGGCUGACCGUUUCCGGGUAUUCAGGCGACGCGGGAGACUCCAUGCGUUACAACAACGGGCAGAAGUUCUCCACUGUGGACAGGGACAACGAUGCCCACAGCAGCGGCCGCCACUGUUCUCAGCUGUACGGACAGGGCGGCUGGUGGUUUAGGACCUGCAGCUACUCCUUCCUCAACGGCCGCUACCUGGGCAACUGUGGGAGCUCCUGUCCAGGCGCGCAAGGUGUGAUGUGGUACCACUGGAGAGGCGCUUAUUACUCCCUGAAGUCUGUGUCUUUGAAGAUCAGGCCAUAA